GAGUUAGGAAGCUUCCAGCCCUAGCUUAUACUGCGCUUUCUUUGGGCGCCGCGGAUUUUGGAAAUUUCAAAUGGCCAAACUAGUACAGUCUCCACCGAAGUUUCUACUCUCAGAGUGGAUUAUUGCUAACAAGGACCAAUAUCACAGGGCAAAUGCCCAAAGGUCCCAGUCUGAACGCCUGGUGUCAGAAAGCCAAAGGCUUGUGGAUGAAAUAGAAAAAUCUACUAAAAGAUCUCAAAGUGAUGUGAACAAGAAACUAGAACAGAGACUUGAGGAACUCAGAUUCUGGAAGAAGGAAUUAGAGGACAAACUUGAGCAGCUUUCAUAUGAAACCGAGGAUCUACUGUCAUAUCAGAUCAGAUUGGAGAAAGCCCUGGAGAGCUUAAAAGAGCCCAUGCACAUCAAUCAUAAGUGCAUGGAAUACAGGGAGAAGCGAAUUGGCAUUGACUUGGUGAAUGAUGAAGUGGAACAGGAACUUAUAAAGGAAGAUGAAAUCAUUAAGGGGGUGAGGGCCCUGCUGACCCGUACCCUGGAAGAGACAUCUGAACAGAUCAGACUGAACCGAUCUGCCAAGUACAGUCUUGAAAGGGAUGCAAAGGACAAGUAUAUGGCCCUGACCAUCGAUGAUAUCUGCUUCUCACUCAACAACAACUCGCCAAACAUCAGAUUUUCUGAGAAUGUUUUGAGAAUUGAACCAAACUCUGUGAGUCUGGAAGACUGGAUGGAGUUCUCCAAUGCCAACGUGGAGAAAGCUGACAAGCAAAGGAACAACUCCCUGACACUCAAGUCCCUAGUGGACCGAAUCCUGUCCCAGACAGCUGGUGACCUGCGCCACCAAUGUGAUGUGGUAGACACAGCAUUCAAGAAUGGGCUGGCGGUGGUCAAGGAUGCUAGGGACAAGCUGGCUGAUCACCUGGCCAAGGUCAUGGAAGAGAUUGCGUCCCAGGAAAAAAACAUUGCAACUCUUGAAAAAGCCAUUCUUGACCAAGAAGGGCCUGCCAAACUGGCUCAUACUCGCCUGGAGAACAGGACACGGCGGCCAAAUGUGGAGCUGUGCCGAGAUGUUGCUCAAUAUAGGCUGAUAAAGGAGAUUAAUGAUAUUACCACCAAUGUUGCAAGAUUGAAGGAAACAUUGGCCAAAGCUCAGAUGGAGCUGAAAGGGCUGAACCGCAGACAGCUGGCCCUGCAGGAGGAGAUCCAGGAGGUAAAAAACAGGGCUUCAUAUGUAUGAAGCAUGAGUUCUACCACUAAGCCAUAUCUCUGGAUCAUCCUCACACCUCUUUCAUUUUACUCAAAUUUCUUUGAUAUAGCACUGGGUUACAAUACUGUAAAAUUUUAGAGAACAGCCUCACAAUUCUAUGUGUGUAUGUAUAAGUCUCACUGUACCCUACCACCAAAAGUCCAGUGCCAGCACACUAUCAAAAUGACCCCCCACCCCCAUUCCUCCUUUUCUUUCCCUCUGAGAACCACAAAACUGGAACGUUAAGAAGCCUACAGUAUCU